AUGUAUGUUAAAAAAGAUAUUAACUACAUUAAAAGAGAGGAUCUUUCCAUCAAUUGUAAUGAAAAUGGCUGUGAAUUUGAAACACUUUUUAUCGAAAUUUAUAACAAAAAUUUAAAAAAUAUGAUAAUAGGUGUUGUUUAUAGACAUCCAAAAAGCAAUCUUGCACCGUAUUUGGAGAAGAUGGAAUCCAUACUGGCUACAUGUGAUAAAGAAAAAAAGGAGUCUGUAAUUAUGGGGGAUUUAAAUAUUAAUUUUUUGUCAGCCAAAAAUGAUACAUUUCUCAAUAUUCUUUUAUCUCGGUUUUAUCAACUGCACAAUAUACAACCUACUAGAUUUUCUGAGAAUGAUGGUCACUCACUAAUAGAUAAUAUUUUUUUUAAUAGGCUCGAAUAUGUUUGCACAAGUGGUAACUUGCUUUCUCACAUUUCUGAUCAUUUACCUAAUUUUUUAAUAAUCUGCAAAAAACAGGACAGGAAAAGCAAAAAUAAGGUUUACAAAAGGGACUACAAAAAUUUUGAUCAGAAAGCUUUUCUGGCAGAUCUAACAAAUUGUAAUAUGGUUGACUCCCUAGAAGGUCUUCUUAUCGAUAAACAUGCUCCAUUGAAAUCAAUCUCUAACAAAAAAAUGAAGCAAAGAAGAAAGCCAUGGAUCAAUGAUUUUAUUCUAAAACUUAUUGGGAAAAAAAACACCCUAUAUAGCCAUUUUAUCCAAACCGGUGACAGGGAAAUUCUUAAGCAAUACAGGUCGAUUAGAAAUGACAUUAACCACAAAAUACGUAAAGCAAAAUACCAAUACUACAAAGAUCAUUUUACUUCAUGUAAGAAUAACAUAAGAAAGUUCUGGAAGGAAGUCAACCAAAUUAUUAAUUGCAAACAGGUAAAAGAUGAAUCACCAAAUGUUAUCAUCUCCAAUGGGAAAACAUAUAAUAAUCCAACCGAUAUCACAGAACAGCUAAAUUCGUACUUUGUAAAUGUUGCUCCAUCUCUCAUUAAAAAACUUCCAAAACAAACUACAAAGAGAGAUUUUACUUCUUACCUUGAAAAUCAAAUUGGCACAAGCUUCUAUAUAGCACCAGUUACCAAAUGUGAAGUGGAGGAUCUACUAGGGUCAUUUAAUGGGAAAAAAGCAUCUGACAUUUACAACUUUCCUAUCAAUGUCAUUAAAGACAUUAAAACUAUCAUUAGUGAACCACUAAUUAUAAUAAUUAAUAAGUCCUUUUCAACAGGAAUCUUUCCAGAUAAACUAAAACUUGCAAAAAUAACACCCUUGUAUUAA